ACAAAUUCGAUCUGUCGUCUUCCACUUGAAGCUACGUACCCUGAAUACGGAUCUGACCGCAUUGCCCGUGUAGGAACACGCUGAAACUACAUACACACCCAGUAAUAUAAUAGCUGCCUAGAUUUUAUCACCAUAAUUAUUAUUUAUAUUAUCAGCGACAUGAUUCCAAAGUCCGCCCAAUAGGAGAAGCUGGUUUCAUCAUUUCGACAUUGCAGUGCAGUUCAUGUGUGAGCAAUUGGCCGUUAUACCACGCACCGCCACUGUAAUACUAUGUUUCCGUACUAGAUCGCGUGUGGAGACAGGUGUAAAUAGUUGCAGUAUUGAACGAUCAAAUAUAAUACCAGUCGCGGCCGACCUUAUUUCAUAUGGUUCUAUUCACCACAAUGGAAGGAAAUCCCUGAAUAUUGCACGGGUCGUUGAGCGAACCGACUUGGUAUUUAUACCACACCAGAAUAAUAUUCCUUGUCUUCUCAAGUGUGGUUAGGCCAACGUGGAAGAGGAGCUACAUUUUCCUGGAGAAAUUCAGAUACCCUAAACAGUUUAAACGGAGUGGACACUGAAGCGAAAGGAUCUCGCGACGGACGACGUUUCAUUUACAACCAAAUCGAGGCGACCAAUUCACACUUCGCAGCUUCGAAUUUACGGGAGAUAUCAGGUUGUGAGAUGUUGUAGCAAAUGUGGAAAUAUAAGUCUGAGAAACGUAACACAGUGUUGAUUCAGCAGGAAAGAAAAUUGACAGCUUGCUGUGAUGGAAGCGGAAUAAUAUUACCAUUUUAUUAGCAUCUUCUUUCUCCUGGACACGAAACGGAAUCGACAUGAUGCACUUUGCAUAAUCGAUCUACCAUACUGGAGCCGAGAUAACAAAAACAAAGAGUUACUCGCGAAACGCUGGCUUCGGAAUAAGCCCACUAGUACGCUCCGAGCGGCUUCUGAGUUGAGUACCAACUCGACGCCAGGGACGUAUUACAAGCCAUUGCAAAAAUACAAAAUGGCGUUUAGGUUCAAAGUGACCAGGUCUGUAAAGGCAGUAAUGGGAGUAGCGUUACUCGUCUACAUCGGAACUUUUUUAGUCGGCAUGAUGGCAAGAAUGCAUAAACCCACAUUCCCUUGGACUUCAGAUAAAGACGAUUAUGCUGCUUGGAGAGAAACUGUUGCCAGCCACGACGCAAUAUUGGAUUCGAAAAAUAAGGAAAACAGCCUGGCGGGAAGAAGGCCGCAGGCGCCCAACCGGACGCUAGUGGAAAAGUUGGGGAUAAGGACGGGGUACCAGACAGAGAAAGUGAAGAAGGAGGAACGUAAAACUGUGCCAUGCCCAAAGACAGUCGCAUCCCUCGCCAAAUAUUCCAAAUGGUUCAAGGAAAGAUAUCGGCAGGACGUCAAGUUAUUCCUAGACAAAGAUGACAUUAAUAACUACGACAAUCUCUCGGCCAGUGGGCUCCCCUUUGGAUUCAGAAGACAAAACAAGACAGUUAUCAGCCAAAUUUUACAGCAUAAAGACUUUUCCAAUCCUCCCGUGCACGGAGCUAGCGGUAAGCAAGGCUGCAUCCGGUGUGCUGUGGUGGGAUGUGGUGGCAUCCUGAACGGCUCAGAGGCCGGUGAAGAAAUAGACGGCCAUGAUUACAUCUUUAGACUCAACAGGGCGUUGUCAGCAGGAAAAUUUGCCAAAGAUGUCGGUAAACGCACGACGUUCUACACUUUCUUCCCUGAGUCACAGCAUCUGACUGACGUGGAAGACAAGAAUGCUCUGUUUUUCUUCACGCUAUUCAAAGCUUACGAUGCCGACUACGCACUAAACAUGAUGAACGGCGACGAUCCACCAAAGUACGUGAGCAGAGGGAAAACCUAUAAAGUGAGGAAACCCAUCUUGGAUCCCAAGAAGGUGAAGUUUGUUCACCCGGCUUUCUUCACCUACGUCUUCAAGACUUUCUUAGACAGCAAAGCCUACAGACCGACCACAGGUGCACUUGUGGUAUUCCUAGCCCUUCACAUCUGCGACGAGAUUACCAUCUAUGGCUUUGGCUACGACCCCCGUUUUACCAUGCACUACUAUGACACCAAAUUCGUCGUUCACACAAACGCUUCCACUGGUUCGCACGAUGUUGACAACGAGAGGAAACUGUGGCAUAAACUACACGAGGAAGGCGUGAUCAGACUAUUCAAAAGAGACGUGUGACACCGAAGGGG